AUGCACUGCACCAUGGGAGGAAGCGGCUGCCCUCAGCCGGCUGCCGGCGAUCAGACGAAGAGACUGCGAGAGGCUUUCUCUGUGUGCUCGGAGUCUGUGAUCCAGUGUCUCAGCGCACGAAUUGCAGCAACAAAGAGUUCGGAUCCUUCUCAGGAUGCGAUCGUCGUACUGGGUCAGCAGAAAGUGUUGAACGAGCGGCGCGUUGUAGGCAUGACGGCACGGGUACCGAACUGUGAUCUGUUGACUGCGUGGCCGCUCGGUUUGCCAUCCGCCCUCACAGUGCUUUCACCUUCUGCCCAUUUCUUUGCGAGCGUCGUCGAAGCGACGCCACCCAACGCGAAGAAGAAGCCGCGACCGUCUUUUCCCCAGGCUUCCGCGGCAGACUACCGGAUCGAGCUCUUUGGCCGGGGCCCGGUGCACACAGGUCCGGUUGUCACGGUGUCGGCGCCGCGGGACACGAAGCCAUGGAACAGUUCCGUCGGGGGCGGCGUCUUUUGUCCGGAAAGAGAGGAACUAUUCGUGUACGUCGCGGAGGCGAGCAAGCGCGACGACAACGACGCGAGUUCGGGCUCAACUUCCGACGGAACCGGCGAGACUAGCGACGGCGACAGUCUCGACACGUACGAGUUCAAGACGCACUGGGGCGAACAACUCGUGGGGCAUCGAAGAGGCCGGCUCGUGCUCACUGACUUCAAGAGACGGACUGCGCAGCUCCUGAAACCCCCCAAGAAGGAAACCGCAUGCGGCCAGCCCCGCUUCCUCUCUGAUGGCUCUGGCGUUGUCUGCUCCAACUGGGAGCUGGACCCUUACUGUCUGGGGCUCAUCUACUGCAUGAACCGAGCAAGCAAGGUUCUUCUCGCACAGCUCCCAUCGAGUACCAGUGAGGAGGGAAAGGCGGGGGAGAAGGCCGACGAGGAGACGAAAGAGUCGACCGUCGAGUGUGAAUGGAUCCAGAUCUCUGGUGACGAAGAUUUCGCGGCUUGGAGCCCGACGGUUCUGCAUACCCGCGACGGGUCUGACCCGAACACGCAACGCAUCGCGUUUCUCUGCCUCGAGAAAGACAAAGUGUGUCCCGCGAGCGUUUGUGCACGCUUUCCGCUCUCAACGAGAAUUCCCGCGGGGCUGGAGGGAGGAGAAGCGGGGAAAACGGAUCGAGUUUUUCACCUUUCUUGUGAAGAGCCGUCUGUUCGCCGUCGGAUGGCGCUCCAGCGAACCUCACGUGUGCCUUCUCUUCUUGCCUUUCAGCCAGAGACGUUGCCGCACAUGUGCGCACCGCGAAUCAAGGCUGUGACACUACGGCGGAAGAACGCGUGCUCGAGCUGGGAGGUAGUGGAGCGCCAGACUCUUGCGCAGGCUGUUUCAGUCCCCCCGCAAUCUGAGUCUCUGUUCUCCCGCCAAAGCGUCCCGUACACCGGGAUCUACACCGACCGUCUCGGUCCGUGGGUUCACAACGAUUUUCUCUUCCUCAAUACGUUUGUCGGGGCACGGCGGACUGUGGUGGUUGUGGAUGCCCACGGAGGAGGCUGCGUGGGCGAGCUGUGUCUUGAGGAAGAGGCUCUCCGCGCGAAACCUUGCGCGGCAUCGAAGGUCGAAGCGUCUUGCCCGCCAGGCUCGAUCCUUCUCCACGACGUCACCUCCGACUGGCUGUUGCUCGAGAGCAGCUCUGCGCGCCACAUCCCGAGGCUGAUGUUGGCGAAGCUUCUGCUGUCUCCUUCCGGGGCGCAGUCCCCACAGUCUGGCCGGGGUUUCCACAUCCGUGUCGCCGGCUCGGUCUCCCUCGGCGGCCCCUCAGACCCGCAGCGGCUCCUGCCUUGGAGUCCCUUCGCGCGGCUGACAACUCACCUGGAGCGACUCGAGGUUCGGUACCUUUCCGACAAUCGGCACAUCUUGCUUCGCUGGAAGGAGUCGCCGCGUCGAGACGGGAAGCGAGCUCUGGCGGUGGUCCUUCACGGCGGUCCCCACUCCGUCUGGGCGAACAUUUUCAGCGCGGAGGCUGUUUACCUAACGUUCCUAGGUUUCGAUGUGCUGGCCGUCAACUAUCGGGGAUCUCUCGGUUUCGGACAGGCAGAGCUGCUUUCCCUGCUCGGAAAUGUGGGGCGUCAGGAUGUGGAUGACGUGAAACAGGCAGUCACUGACUUCAUCGACAGCGAUCCCGAGGCUUACUCCCCGGCCAGAGCGGUGGUUGUCGGUGGUUCGCACGGCGGUUUCCUCACCUGUCACCUCAUCGGCCAGUUCCCCGACAUGUUUGCAGCGGCGUCAACGAGAAACCCCGUCACCAAUUUGGCCUCGAUGGUAGUCGAAAGCGAUAUUCCCGACUGGUGUGCCGCGGAGGCGCUUCGGGAAAGGCUGAACCCGUCGUUCGUGCUGUCCGAGACCGAUGUUGUCGCGCUUUACAAGGCCUCGCCGGUUGCAUAUGCAAGACAUGUGAAAACGCCUCUCCUUCUCGGCAUUGGCGGCGCCGACCUCCGAGUCCCCGCUUGUCAGGGCAUUGCAUUCCACAAAAUGCUGCUUGGCCAAGGCAGUCCUACGCGCUUGCUGUUCUAUCCGGAGGAGGACCACAGGAUCGACCGACCAAGCUGCUCAGAAGAUUACUGGGUGAACACCGCACUAUGGUUCGCAGGUUACACUGGAACUCUGGAGGCUCUGAAGGAAGACGUGCUUCCAGCUGCGCCGCACUGA